UACGCAUGACAUAGUGUAUUAUUAUUGUUAUUAUUAUUAUUAUUAUUUUUUUUUUUCGCCACGUUCGUAAACCGCAGUAUUGCAGUGUAGGUAGCACGUUGAAUCACGAUAUUGAUGUUCUGUAAUGCCAAUUAAUCAUGGUGGCCCUAGGCAUGAUGGCAUGCAUGACUUUCACGUUGUUUUGGGGUAAAAAUCCAUAUUCCGCAACGAUGAAGCCCAGAGGUCGGUGCGAAAGUUGUUGCCCAAUAGACGAAAAAGAGGACAUUGCAUUUUUCUCAUAUUCUAGGAACAACCCGUACCGUCCGAAACGCAUAUACAUCGGUAACGACGUUUCGCUGUAUAAGGCAAACAUGAUGCGAAAUUUGACCACCGUCAUCUAUGUGCACGGGUUCACGGAGCAGGGUAACUCCAAGGGCGCGGAGACCAUAAAAAAAGCGUAUUUGCACCGGGGAGGAGUGAAUAUCAUAAUAGUCGACUGGAGUCCCCUGUGCGCGUUCCCGUGGUACAGUCACGCGGUGCUCAAUACGCGCGUGGCCGCCCGGUAUCUGGCGAGGUUCAUCGAGUACCUGGUGUCCAGGAAGUUCAAGCUGUCCAAAAUACAUUUGAUCGGGUUCAGUCUCGGUGCCGAGAUAGCGGGGUUCACCGGCAAGAAUCUUAAGAUCGGACAACUGCCGAGGAUCACCGGACUCGAUCCGGCGUUCCCGUUAUAUAUGUGGACGGGCAAAAUGGGCCAUUUAGCCCCUUCGGACGCCGAAUUUGUGGACGUCAUUCACACGGACGGCGGUGUGUUUGGGUUCCCCGUUGCCCUAGGCCAUGCCGACUUUUUCCCGAAUGGCGGUUUUCCAUUGCAACCUGGCUGUACAUUUCCCGAGCUGUUUAAGAGGAGACUGAUUUCCAGAUUCAUGGCUUGCAGUCAUGACAGAGCGUGGGAAUAUUUUGCUGAAUCCGUUAUCAACCCAGUUGGGUUUCCUUCAUUGCGAUGUCUAAACUAUCAAUCGUUCACCGACGGUACAUGUUUCAAAGAUUUUGCAUACGCCGAGGACCAAAGGAUUCAAUAUAUGGGAUUAGCAGUCAACAAACAGAUCAAAGGUAAUUUCUACUUGGCUACCAAACCGAAGGCACCAUUUGCGUAUAAUAAAUUAUAUAAACCUUAAAAAUAUGUACCUAUU